CGCCUAGCACAGCCAGCGCCAGCGGCCGCCGCACCCAGCCGCGCCUGCGAGGACAUGGGCAGCCGCGGCGCGCCCGCCCCCCGCGCCGAUGUGAAUUAUUAAAAAGAAAAUGGCCCAACGGAGCACUGUAUUUCCUUCUCUUGUCUCCGAGGAAAGGCGAGUUAGAACGAUGCCCCGACACAGCCAGUCCCUGACCAUGGCACCCUACUCAUCUGUAAGCCUAGUGGAGCAACUGGAAGACAGGAUCCUCUGCCACGAGAAAACCACGGCCGCCCUCGUGGAGCAUGCCUUCCGGAUCAAAGACGACAUCGUCAACAGCUUGCAGAAAAUGCAAAACAAAGGGGGAGGUGACCGCUUGGCCAGGCUUUUCUUGGAGGAGCACAUCAGAAACAUAACUGCCAUAGUGAAGCAACUGAAUCGGGAUAUCGAGGUACUCCAGGAGCAGAUCCGUGCCCGGGACAACAUUAGCUAUGGAACAAAUUCUGCCUUAAAGACUCUGGAGCUGCGGCAGCUCUCCGGCCUGGGAGAUCUCCGGGGACGAGUGGCCAGGUGUGACGCCAGCAUAGCCAGACUCUCUGCUGAGCACAAAACGACCUAUGAGGGGCUCCAGCACUUGAACAAAGAGCAGCAAGCUGCCAAGCUGAUCUUGGAAACGAAAAUCAAAGAUGCAGAGGGACAGAUUUCUCAGCUUUUGAACAGAGUGGACUUGUCGAUAUCCGAGCAAAGCACCAAACUGAAGAUGUCCCACAGAGACAGUAACCACCAGCUUCAGCUUUUGGAUACUAAAUUUAAAGGUACAAUUGAGGAACUCAGUAACCAGAUUUUAUCUGCACGGAAUUGGUUGCAACAGGAACAAGAACGGAUGGAAAAAGAACUUUUACAGAAAAUCGAUCAGCUUUCCUUGGUUGUUAAGGAAAACAGUGGAGCCAGUGAAAGGGACAUGGAGAAGAAGCUCAGCCAGAUGUCAGCCAGACUGGACAAAAUAGAAGAGAGUCAAAAGAAGAAUAUGGAGGUACAGAGGACAAAACAAGAAGAGGAGAAGGUGCAUGGGCGAAUCAGCAAGCUUGAGUUACAGAUGACCGAGGACAUGAAGGAAAUAAAAGCAGAAGUUGAUGCAGGGUUUACAGCCAUCUAUGAAAGCAUAGGAUCCCUCAGGCAAGUUCUCGAAGCCAAGAUGAAGCUGGACAAGGACCAGCUACAGAAGCAAAUCCAACAGAUGCAGAAGCCGGAAGCUCCAAUGUGAAGGGACUUGGGACAUGGACUUCAAAGGUGGUUUUGCCAGUGGGGCCGGGAACUGGAUACCUCUGUAGCCAGGCUGUACCUGCAUUCAGGAUUGUUCUAUUCAUGGCGUGCAUGUGCCGAGAAAUGUGUUUUCAUGGUUCUAAAUGUUUACCUGGAGUCUUGAAAACACUCUCUUUAAAAGUAUUACGUACAGUUUUUACCACUUUAUUCCACUUCUCUAAAUUCAAUGGAAUAUCCUGCCCUCCCUGGAUUUUGAAAGGCUUUUUUUUUUUUUUUUUUUUUUUUUUUUUUAGCGGUACGCAGGCCUCCCACUGCCGUGGCCUCUCCCAUCACGGAGCACAGGCUCUGGACGCGCAGGCCCAGCGGCCAUGGCUCACGGGCCCAACCGCCCCGCAGCACGUGGGAUCCUCCCAGACUGGGACACGAACCCGUGGUCCCCGCAUCGGCAGGCGGACCCCCAACCACUGCGCCACCAGGGAAGCCUCCUUUGAAAGGCUUUUAUCCCUUUCGUUUUAUGAAUGAGAAAAGACUUAACAAUUUUCCUUCAAUGCUUGAUGCUCUAGCCAAGACUUUACUAUUGAAAAAUGUCGUGGUGAUUUUUUUAAAUUAAGAAGAUAAUGAAUUAUCACAGGAAUGUGUUGUUCCUCACCCUAAAUUAAGAGAAUGUCCUGAUAGAUUAGAAUUCAACCUUUGAGUCCACAUUUGGAUUUUAUUAUUGUUGUCUGUGCAUUUCUUAUAUUGGUAUCUUCUUGUAAAUCUUCUGUCUUUUGUAGGGGGAGGGGAUUUAACAUUUGGAAAAAAACCUACCAUUUAUGCAGUGAAAAUAGUUUAAAAAUUGAUAACUGCCAUAUAGAUUACAAAUUAAAAUGGAAACUUAAGACAAUUAUCUAGAUAAUGCAAGGCACAAUUAUCUACAUCAACCACCUAGUUAUACCAGGUUUUAAUAUUGAAAACUUUUUUCAAUUAUCCACUGCCUGUAUAGUGAUAGCCAUAUAGUCAGUAAUGGAAUGGUGGUUAAUAGCCUGUUUAUUACACAAUUAGUUGUUCAUUAAUCGUAAUGGGAUGUGAAAAAUUUUCAGGCUCUUUGAUCUCCUCUCUAAAUUUUUCCAAAAUUGGCACAAAGUGCUAAGGUUUAUAUAAACUUAUUGUAACUAUAUUCUUGUGCCUUGGUUUUAUCACGUCAGUGCACUGUACCCUAUAAAAGUUUUGCGGACAAAAUAGAAGGCACGAUAAUACAUCAGAAUUAUGAUGUAAAAAUGGGAUCCUAUGUAUUUUUUAAAUGCUCUAAAAAUUUUAUCACUGUUAAGAUGUUAAUCAUUCACUAUCAGUAACGGAACAGAAAUUCAUACUUUUGUACGGCCAGAGAAUCAAAUUGAUAUUGCAUUUAUAACAAUGUUAAGAAACGUUCAUUUUGAGCAACUUCGUAGAUGAUGGGUGUUUUAUUUUCAAUCGCUAUAUUUGAUUAAUCAUUGAAAAUUGGCGCCACUGCUAUUUGUUCACCUAUGUCUGUAAAAGCUAAUACUGAGACACACGCCAUUCUAAACUAUGAGGGUGCCCAGGAAAAAGAAAACAGGGAUACUUUGAAAAAUUUAAAAACUUUUUUUUUGUUUGCCUAGGACUCAGGAAAAUUAAAGCAUUUUCUAUUUUAGAAUAAAUCAUAAAUGAAAUCUCUAACUGGCUAUUACUGUUUACCCAUAUAAAUUGUGCUGCUGAAGUACAUAAUAGUUUACCCUCAAUGGCUUGACAAAUUUUUUUUUUAAUUUGGACCUGAGAAGUCAUAUUAGGAAUAUGUCAUCCAACAUAUAUUUCCUUAUUUUGUCACAAAUCUUUGCAUCUCUAUAUAGGAAGACUAUGUCCACUUAAUGAAAAAACAAAAAGGUUAAUGCUCUUUUGCAAUCAGAAAGUGAGUUUCUUUUUGUGAUAGAGUAGCCGUGUUUAGUACAGUUCUCCUGGUUUCAGCACAAACCACAGCACCGAGAGCCAUGGCCCCUCCAGCGUCUCUCUCCUCUGUGGGUACCGAGGAGGAAGAGUCAGCACGUGUCACACCUGGGAAGAGGGGGACAGAGGACAGCAGCUGGACUCAGGUCAAGGGGUGACGUGAGUGGGUGAUGCUUCUAAUGCUGCCACCACCACGUCACGAGCUCUGGUGGGGGUUCUCCACCCUGGCUGCAAGUUGGAAUCACCUGGGCAGUUCAAAAAGCUACCAACGCCCAGACUGCCCCCUCAGACCAACUAAGUCAGAACCUCUGGAAGGGGAUGCAGGCGGCCGCAAACGUCAGAGGCCCCUGGGUGACUCACGUUUUGUGAGCCCCAAGCUCCAACGUCCUCUUAUCACCAAAGUUUAAAUGAGAAUCAGUUUCCCUGUAGUUU